GUGGGAAACGGAAGAAGUGAAGGAUAGAAGAAAAAGGGGGAGGAGGAUCCUAGCAGUGAGGGAUAGAAGAAAGGGGGAGGGGAAACCCUAGCAGCCGCUCACUCCCUAAAAUCUCUUUCACCACGCCUCCGCCUGGCAUCUAUCUCACCGUUUUUUCCCUUGUCAUUCGCGUCUGCCUCGUUGUUUCUGUUUUGCCUCGUUGUCCACUUCUUACUUCAUGUCUCGCCAACAGCUUCCUCCUCGCCGCCAGCUUCCUCCUCGCUCGUCUUCGCCGGUGGAAAAAGCAGACGAAACUAGAAGUGGCAGCUAGCAGAGCAGUGGUAAAUAUUCGGGCUUUGGUUCAAAUGAUGGUGACAGGUUUAGGGAUAGCUACAGAGACAAGGGAGACUAUGAAAAAAGACAAAUACACUAGAAGAUCACGAAACAUCGGUGAUGAUGAAGAGAACUCCUUCAAAAAGGAUACUGCACACUCUGUCAGCAAAAGUCAGAAGAAUGCACCAUCUAGAGUAUCUAAGUCAUCUACUAGUAAUGCCUAUUAUACCUACAGUUCAGUUGCUUCUCAAAGUUCAAGUGCACCUGCAAAUAAUACUGAGGAUGAUUUUGAUGACUUUGAUCCAAGAGGAACUUUUGCUAGAUCAUAUUAAUGACUGGAGGAAAACAAUACUUUAUUUAACAUUUAUUUUCUUUCUUACUGCUAUAAUAUGGUUCAUAGAAGUGCUGAAAUGGUGACCACAUGCUACCUUGAAGGCUCAAGAAUAUUUUGAUUCAUAGAGACACUAAUCUAUGUUAAAAUUUUUAACUUUUGGUUGAACUUAUACAAGACAUAUAACUUGUAGAACUAAUCAUCGUACUCACUAAUGUUAUUUUGUUUUAAAACAAUUUUAGCUAAAUGAGAUAUGUUUGAAUUAUUUA